CCAGGUCCUGCUGAUGAAGAGGAGGUGAGACCUGAGCUGUAGCUCACCCGGGUGCCAUUCCCUGCAGGACAUUCAUCUCCCACUCCUGGUCCUGCCUUGCCCCUUGGGGGCCACCUGGAGCCACCUUGAUGCCGAAGAACAGCAAAGUGACACAGCGGGAGCACAGCAGUGAGCCGGUCACCGAGUCGGUGGCCGACUUGCUGGCCCAUGAAGAGCCCGUGGACUACAAACGUAGUGUCCUCAACGUGACAGGAGAGACCUGGGACAAGCAGAAGGAUGGAGAGGAGGAGCUGGAUGGGGAGAACAGGCCAGCAUGGAACAGCAAGCUGCAGUACAUCCUGGCCCAGAUCGGCUACUCGGUGGGGCUGGGCAACGUCUGGCGCUUCCCCUACCUCUGCCAGAAGAAUGGAGGAGGUGCCUACCUGGUGCCAUACCUGGUCCUGCUCAUCAUCAUCGGGCUCCCCCUCUUCUUCCUGGAGCUGGCGGUGGGGCAGCGGAUCCGCCGGGGCAGCAUCGGGGUCUGGAAUUACAUCUGUCCUCGCCUGGGGGGCAUUGGCUACGCCAGCUGCCUGGUCUGUUUUUUCGUUGGUCUCUAUUACAACGUCAUCAUUGGCUGGAGCAUCUUCUACUUCUUCAAGUCCUUCCAGUACCCUCUGCCCUGGAGCGAGUGCCCCGUCGUGAAAAACGGCUCCGUGGCUGUUGUGGAGACUGAAUGUGAGAGGAGCUCGGCCACCACCUACUUCUGGUACAGGGAGACCCUGGACAUCUCCAACUCCAUCUCAGAGAGUGGGGGGCUCAACUGGAAGAUGACCCUGUGUCUGCUGGUGGCUUGGAGCCUUGUUGGCUUGGCCAUGAUCAAAGGCAUCCAGUCCUCAGGGAAGGUGAUGUACUUCAGCUCCCUCUUCCCCUACGUGGUGCUGGUUUGCUUCUUGGUGAGAGGACUUCUGCUGCGUGGGGCAGUGGAUGGGAUCAUGCACAUGUUCACACCCAAGCUGGACAAGAUGCUGGACCCCCAGGUGUGGCGGGAGGCAGCUACCCAGGUUUUCUUUGCCUUGGGCUUGGGCUUUGGAGGAGUCAUUGCCUUCUCCAGCUACAACAAGCAGGACAACAACUGCCACUUUGAUGCCACACUGGUCUCCUUCAUCAACUUCUUCACGUCCGUCCUGGCCACCUUGGUUGUGUUUGCUGUGCUGGGCUUCAAGGCCAACAUCAUGAAUGAGAAAUGUGUGGUGGAGAACGCUGAGAAGAUCUUGGGUUACCUGAACACCAAUGUGCUGAGCCACGACCUCAUCCCACCCCACGUGAACUUCUCCCACCUCACUGCCAAGGACUACAAUGAGAUGUACAGGGUCAUCAUGACAGUUAAAGAGGGGCACUUCAAAGAACUGGGCUUGGACCCCUGCCUGUUGGAGGAUGAACUCAACAAGUCGGUGCAAGGAACUGGCUUGGCCUUCAUUGCCUUCACAGAAGCUAUGACCCACUUCCCAGCCUCUCCAUUUUGGUCUGUCAUGUUCUUCCUGAUGCUGAUAAACCUGGGGUUGGGAAGCAUGAUUGGGACCAUGUCUGGCAUCACCACACCCAUCAUCGACACCUUCAAGGUGCGGAAGGAAGUGUUCACAGUCGGUUGCUGCAUCUUUGCCUUCCUGGUGGGACUGAUCUUCGUGCAACGCUCUGGGAAUUAUUUUGUCACCAUGUUUGAUGAUUAUUCAGCCACGUUGCCCCUCACGGUCGUGGUCAUCCUGGAGAACAUUGCUGUGGCCUGGAUUUAUGGCACCAAGAAGUUCAUGCAGGAGCUGACGGAGAUGUUGGGUUUCCGGCCCUACCAGUUCUACUACUACACCUGGAAGUACGUGUCUCCCAUCUGCAUGGCCGUGCUGAUGACUGCCAGCAUCAUCCAGCUGGGAGUCAGCCCACCAGGCUACAGUGCAUGGAUCAGAGAAGAGGCUGCAGAGAAGUUCCUCUUCUACCCAACCUGGGCCAUGGCCAUCCUCAUCUCUCUGAUCAUCCUGGCAUCCCUCCCUCUGCCUCUGGUCUUCAUCCUCCGGCAGUUCCACCUCGUGUCCGACGGCUCCAACGCCCUCUCUGUCACCUACAAGAAGGGCAGGAUGAUGAAGGACAUCUCCAACUUGGAAGACAAUGAUGAGACCCGUUUCAUCCUCAGCAAGGUGCCCAGUGAGACCCCAUCCCCCAUGCCCACCCACCGUUCCUACCUGGGGCCUGGGAGCAACUCCCCCAUGGAAAUGAGCGGUGCCCCCAACGGACGUUAUGGCAGUGGGUACCUUCUGGCCAGCACCCCUGAAUCUGAGCUGUGAUGGUUGCCCGCCCACCACCACCCCCACCAGGAGAGGAAGUCACUGGGGAGUGGGGUCCUGGCUGUCCAGGCAACAAGGAAAAUUCAUUCUGUAAGGAAGAUGAAGAAGAAGAAACCCCUCGUAAAAUCGUAACCAAAAGCAGCCGUUUCUAAGGUGACAUCGAGGAGAAGGGACUGGGGAGGGGCAGGACAACCCUGGGCUGAAAGGCAGGACCCCCCAGGCUCUACCUGUGGGGAAGGGAGGAGGACCAAGAGAUGCUGCAAGAUCUUCCUGGGAGUUGUUCCUCAAUCUGAAGCAAGGAAUCUCUCUUGUUGUUUUUUUUCUGAGCAGCUGAUGGUUAGAAGAAGGACCUGGUGGCAGGUUGGAAGCCAACCAUGCUUCCUCCUGUAGCCCAGGGCUCUUCCCUCCCUGUCUGUUGUCCCUGAGCCAGGAGGAGCCCAUGGCCUUACUCCAACGAGCACAAUUAACCAUCAAUGUUCAUAGCACAAAAGGGUGCUGCUGUGGUUGUCACCAUCGUUGUUGUUGUUGUAUCUCCUGUAGGUUUUUAUAGCUGUGGACACCCCCAGAUCCCCCCACGUUUUGACCAGGGUUGGGCCAGGAGCAGCUCAGGGCUGGCUGAGACGUUGCCAUGUGUGAGAUGGUGGAUCCUUGGUGUCUGUCUUGGUGCCACCACCGUGGGGAUGUGGGUUGUUCUGGGACAGGGAGAUGUCACACCCGUGGGAUGAUGCGGUCAAGGUGGUCCAAAGUUUGGCAGUUGUUGUGCAGAGUGGCAGAAGGACCUGGGAUGUGAGGGAGAUGUAGAUGUGUGAGGGUGUGUGGGGCCUGCAUGGGGCUACCAUGAUGGGGGAGGGGUCAGGAAUGCUCUCCUGGGAUGACUCCUGAUGUGUGGGAUGCUCUGCUGAACCAAACUCCCUGGCAUGGAGAUGGUCUCCUCUCUUAGAUGUCCCAGAGGGACGAGCAGAGAAGCUGUGGGACACCCAGUCCUACCCCAGCCCUAGUUUAGCUCUCAGGAACCCAUCCCCGACUCCCUUGCACCCACCAGCCCAGGUGAGCUGGGCAGAGCUUGUCUCCAGACACGUGUCCUCGUGUCUCACAGCUCCGAGCCAAGGGGGCUGUGUCAUCUCCCGUUGCACCUCCACAGGAGCUCACCAGCCUUCAGGUGGGGGUGACCAACAGGGGUCUGCUGAGCAGCAGUUGUUGGCUUUCAGUGCCAGGUCUCAGAGUCCUUGAUCCAGGUUGGUGAGCCCUUCUUAGAGCCCAGGGGCCUCUUUGGUGCCCAUCCACCUUAUCUGGGGACCAGAUUGAUGUGAUCUUACCUUGUUUCUCCCCAGGCUGUCUAGGAAGAGUUGGUAUCUGCCAACUCCAAGAAUGUCCCACUAGGACUGAGGGUGGUUUCCCUGAAUCCUGCAGGUAGCCAAGCAUUUCUGCCCGGGACACCAAAAUGAUGUGGCACCUUCCUCCCUUCCCUCUGGGGACAGGGGAGCAGCAACUUGCUUGCACCCUCUCAGCACGUUAUUAUGGCCUCCAAAAGCUGAAGGAGCUCCUCAUCCUUGGUCCUGCUGGGCUUCCGAUGGCGUGUGGUGGGAUUUCAAGCCAGUCUGAAGGCCAGGUCUGUGGGUGCUUAGCCAUGAGUCCUUCUCUCCUCUGCUUCCCUGUCAGUGGGUUUUCUGCCACCUCGGCUGGGAGGUGCCAGCAGAAAGUACCUGCUCCAACCUUGGCUUCUCUCAGCAUCCCUGGGGUCAGGAAGUCCCCCACAAUGCUGUUGCUCUGGUGGGUUGUGGUUAUUUAUAGUCCUUCUCCAUGGGCUUGGCUGGUGACCUGCAGAUUCUUCCUGGAUAAUGAGCUUAGACCCUUCAUCAACCAUUUUUCCAGAGGAAAGAGGGAGGCACGGAGGGAACUGAAGCAGCUCAGUGUUUGAUGGCUCUGAGGAGCACCAGCCCCUUGUGUCUCCUCCAGUGGUCCCCCCCUCAGCAUCCCCUCCACUGUUCUUCUCCUGCCCCUGCCCAUGUGGAGGGACACAGGAAUAUCCCCCCCCUGUCACCUCCCAGUGGGAGAAGCACAAAUCCUGUGGCAUUUCCCCAGUGUUAGGCAAGAUGUUCCUCCCAUCUCUUGCUUCUCCUUCCAUCCCCUGUUCCCUCCACCCAACCAGCAAACCAGAGGAUGAGCCAAAUCGUUGCCCAACGUCACCUUCUCUUCCCAGCAGUGCCCAGUGACAGGACAAGGGGCAAUGGGCACAGACUGGAGCACAGGAGGUUCCAGCUGAACAUGAGGAGGAACUUGUUGACUGUGAGGGUGGCAGAGCCCUGGGACAGGCUGCCCAGGGAGGUGCUGGAGUCUCC